AUGGCAACACUGGAGCUAUACAGUAAGAGGGCAAGUGUGUGGAUUCCUGAUCCAGAUGCAGUCUGGGUGUCAGCCCAACUCCUCCAGGAUUACGUUCCUGGAGAGAAACAUCUACUGCUGCAGCUCUCUAAUGGAAAGGAGAUGCAUUACCCAGUGGGUUCUCCUGCUGAUCUCCCACCGUUGGGGAACCCUGACAUCUUGGAAGGGGAAAACGAUCUCACGGCUCUCAGCUUCCUCCAUGAGCCGGCUGUCCUGCACAACCUGCGGGUUCGAUUCCUGGACUACAGCAGCAUCUACACGUACUGUGGUAUUGUUUUAGUGGCCAUCAAUCCCUAUGACCAGCUCCACAUCUAUGGAGAGGAGGUGAUCGAUGCUUACAGUGGUCAGGACAUGGCCGACAUGGAACCUCACAUCUUUUCAGUGGCAGAGGAGGCCUACCGCACCAUGACCAGGGAGGAGAAAAACCAGUCGAUCAUCAUCAGUGGGGAGUCAGGAUCAGGAAAAACGGUCUCAGCCAAAUUCACCAUGAGAUACUUUGCUGUGGUCGGAGGAGCAGCCCAGCAGACCAGUGUGGAGGAGAGAGUCUUAGCUUCUAACCCCAUCAUGGAGUCCAUUGGGAAUGCUAAAACCACUCGAAAUGACAACAGCAGUCGUUUUGGGAAAUACAUCGAGAUCGGCUUUGGCAGGAAGGGCGAAAUCAUUGGUGCUAAAAUGAGGACGUAUCUACUGGAGAAGUCACGGGUUGUCUUCCAGGCUUCUUCGGAGAGGAACUACCACAUCUUCUACCAGCUGUGUGCCUCCAGACAGCUGCCUGAAAUGAGAUCCCUCAAACUGGAUGCACCUGAGAAUUUCUGCUACACCAACCAGGGAGGAGAGAUGCAGAUUCCUGGUGCUGAUGAUGCAUCAGACCUGGAGCGCACUCGCAAUGCUUUCACCAUCCUGGGUGUGCAGCCUGACCAACAGAUGGAGCUCUUCAGGAUCCUCUCAGCUAUUCUACACCUGGGAAAUGUCAACAUCCAAUCCAGUGGGAGAAAUUCUGAUAAGAGUUAUAUAGAUGGAGAUGAACGCUCCCUGGCCGUCUUCUCCAAGCUACUUGGGGUUGAGGGACCUCAGAUGGCUCACUGGCUGUGUCAUCGCAGGCUGGCUGUGGGGGGAGAGAUGCUGGUUAAACCCAGGUCUGGGCAGCAGGCCGUAGAGGCCAGAGAUGCUCUGGCUAAACACAUCUAUGGCCAGUUGUUCACAUGGACCGUCCAGAGACUUAACUCUGCCCUGCGCACCCAGAGGGGACAGACCAGAUCAUUCAUAGGGGUACUAGAUAUCUAUGGGUUUGAGACCUUUGAUCGGAACAGUUUUGAGCAGUUCUGUAUAAAUUAUGCAAACGAGAAGCUCCAGCAGCAGUUUAACAGGCACGUGUUCCACUUGGAGCAGGAGGAGUAUGUCCGGGAGGAGCUGGCCUGGAGCAAGAUUGAAUUCAGUGACAAUCAGCAGUGCAUCAACCUCGUCGAGGGACAACUGGGCCUGUUCGAUCUGUUAGAUGAGGAGUGCAGGAUGCCUAAAGGCUCAGACGAGAGCUGGGUGCAGAAGCUGUACGACCAACACAUGACCAGCAAGCCCCACCCUCACUUCCAGAAACCCCGCAUGUCAAACAGCGCCUUCAUCGUUCUGCACUUUGCUGACAUGGUGCAGUAUGAAUGUGAAGGAUUUUUAAACAAGAAUCGAGACACAGUCUAUGAGGAGCUCGUUAAUAUUAUGAAAGCGAGUCAGUCUGAGCUUGUGGCCGAGUUGUUUCAGCAGCAGGAGAACUUGUCCCCUGUGGCCAAUGGGAGUGUUCGCUCAGGGAAAAGAGCGACAAGAGAGCACAGACUGACUGUGGGCUUCCAGUUCCGUCAGUCCCUACAGAUGCUGAUGGACACCCUCAACAGCACCACCCCUCACUACGUCCGCUGCAUCAAACCCAACGACCUCAAAGAGCCUUUCAUGUUUGACCCCAAGAGGACAGUGCAACAGCUGAGAGCCUGUGGAGUCCUGGAGACCAUUCGUAUCAGUGCUGCAGGUUUUCCAUCCAGAUGGACGUACGAGGAGUUCUUCAGCAGGUACCGCGUUCUUCUUCGAGGGCCUCAGAGUCUGGAGCAGGCCCAAGCCUCGUGUCGAAGGACUCUGCCUCAGAUCAUCUCAGACCCGGACCAGUACUGCUUCGGGAAGACCAAGGUAUUUUUCAGGGCGGGUCAGGUGGCACUCCUUGAGAAGCUGAGGGCCGAGAGGCUGCGUGAGGCUGCUGUGGUCAUCCAGAGCCGGGUUAGAGGAUGGCUCUCACGGAUCAGAUUCACCAGGGUCCUCUGGGCAACUGUCACCAUCCAGAGAUACAGCAGAGGAGCUCUGGCCAGACGACUGGCCCAGACCCUGCGCUACACCAAGGCUGCUGUAGUGAUCCAGAAGACCUACCGCAUGGUGGUGGUCCGACAGCUGUUCCUCAUGAUCCGCCAGGCCACUGUCACCAUCCAGGCCUUCACCAGGGGCACACUGGCACGCCGCACAUACAGACAGUUGGUUGCAGAACGUGCCGCUGUGUUGCUCCAGGCAAGAGUGCGUGGGUGGCUGGCGAGGCGGGCGUACAGGCGAGUGCGUGAGGCGGUGGUGUUCAUGCAGUGCUGCGCGCGCCGCAGGGCUGCCAGGAGAGAGCUGCUGAAACUGAAGACCGAGGCCCGCUCUGUGGAGAAGUACCGAGAGCUCAACAAGGGCAUGGAGGUCAAACUGAUGCAGCUGCAGCUACGAGCCGACCAGGAGGCCAGAAAGAGUGCUGCUCUGAGAGAGACCCUGCAUGCAGAGCGAGAGGCCGCCACUGCUGAGCUGGAGGCUCUGAGGGUGGUCAUACAGAGGCUGGAGACCCAGAAACACGAGAGGCCUCCGCCCUGCUCAGACAUCAGUGAGAAGAAGGUGGAGCAGAGGAGGAGAGCCGAGGACAAAGCUGCUCAGGAGAUCCUGCAGCUCACACAAGAGUUGCAAACGCUGCAGAGAGAAAAAGAGGAUUUUAUCAAAGAGAGAGAAGAACUCUCUGCUCGCUUACUUGAACAAGAAAAAGCUCAAGAAGAGUGUGUCCAUCAGGCUGUGUCCCAGGCGAGUGAGGCUCUGAGGGUGGAGCUGGAUGAAGAGAGGAGAAAGUACCAGGGCCUCCUGAGAGAGUUCACCCGACUGGAGCAGAGAUACGACAACCUCAGAGAGAUGAGUCUGCUCACUGAGCGCACCAGUGGCCACAGGAGGACAGACUCCACCCAGAGUCUGAGCUUUGAACCUCCCUCACCCACCCGACUGUCACCCCAGCCCCUCACCCCUCUCUCCCUGUCACCGCCUGCCUUCCCCUCUACUGAAGAUGUGCGCUGGGUCGUUGGGACGUCUCCCCGCCUGGAGAGGACACUCUCUGCGUGUAGCUCAGAAACACAGAUGGACUGGUUGAUGGAGAAGAUGGACGUGGCCAAAGACCCGGUGGUGAAGAUGAGGGGAGAGGACCUGGCACACGCCUACGACGCCGUACGAGUGGCCAACAAGUUCCUGGAGAGUCAGCUGCGUAACCAACGCAGUCAGUGGGAGGAGGAGCUGGAGGCUCUGAGGCGUCAAGCAUCCUCUGCUUCGUCCUCUGCUGCACAGCCACAGGAGCUGCAGGAGCUGCUGGAGGCCAGAGAGCAAGAGUGUGUGAGACUGAGGAGAGAGCUGAAGGAGCUGAGAAACACUGCGUCACUCAGACGACUCCUCACUCAAGUUCUUCCGUCAGCUUUGACCGCAGAGAUCUCGUCCUGUCCUUCUCAACCGAAGGCAGCAGCCGUCACUGGUCUGCUGGAGUGUAGGAAGAGAGACGAAACAAAGCUCAUGAAGAACCUGAUCACAGACAUCCGUGUGGACACUGCCCUGUCUCUGCCCCCCGGUCUCCCUGCCAGCGUGCUUUUCCUGUGUGUCCGCCAGGCCGACUGCAGCAGGGACCAGACUCCCGCUCGCUCGCUCUGUAGCGCUGCUGUCACUGCUGUGAAGGCAGCUCUGAAGAAACAUAACAACAAUAUAGACAUGACAGCUCUGUGGCUGAAGAACGUUUGUGUGUUGCACGACCUGCUGACCCAGCACUCCACAAAACAGUCCCUUGAUUCAGCUGACCGGGUUCCACUGACGAACAACCUAAGCAACAUGACUCAUGCCCUGAGCGACCUCUGUAUCCAGGCCUAUCAGCAGCUCCUCUCCAUCACUGAGACACGCCUGCAGAACAUCAUAGUCCCCGCCAUGCUGGAGUCUGAGACCAUCCCCGGUCUCUCUGGCUCAGCUGUGAAGUUGGGAGCAUCCAGGAAGCGAGCCGGCUCGGACCCCAGGACUGUAGCAGGUGUUGCUCCCACCAUGGCGUCUGUGCUGAGGGAGCUGGGAGCCCUUCACACCGCAAUGACCCAUCAGGCUCUGCCCGCACCGCUGAUGGAACAGGCCUUUCACCAGCUCACAUACCUCAUCUCUGCCUCCGCUCUGAACUGCCUGCUGCUGCGGAAGGACAUAUGCUCCUGGAAUCGGGGCAUGCAAAUACGAUACAAUGUGAGCCUGUUGGAGGAGUGGCUGCGUAGCCGUAAUCUGCAGGCAGGGGGCGCUGUGGCCACGCUGGAGCCUCUGAUCCAAGCAGUUCAGCUUCUGCAGACUGGGAAAAAAAGUGAGGCGGAGGCACGGGCCCUCGUUCAGACCUGCAGUGCACUGUCCAGCCAGCAGAUAGUGAAGAUUCUGACCCUCUACACUCCUCACAGUGACCUGGAAGAAAGGGUCACACUGAAUUUCAUCCGUACCGUCCAGGGGCUUCUGAAAGGCCGCUCUGACUCUCAGCCUCCGCUGCUCUUACUGGAUGUGAGACGAGUGUUUCCUGUCACUUUCCCGUACUCGCCUCCCACCAGCCUCCACGCUGAGCAGUUAGUCAUCCCAGACACCCUCAAGAUUUCCUUUCUACGCAGAGUCUAGAAAACAGGACGUCUGGCCUCUUUGGUUCAGUGUCACUGCCUACAUAUUGGAUUUAGUGAAAUUAAUCACUUUUAACAGGGUGUGUUGUGAAUUUAAUUCCUCUUCCAUUUUUAUUUUCAGGGACCUACAUUUGUUCAAUUAACCUGUUAAUUAUCAGUGGAUGCCACACAGGGUCAGUGGUCACCUCAGCUAAUUAACCGGUGUUUAAAAUGGCAUGAAUGCUAAUAGGGACAAGGAAGAAAAAGUUUAUUUUAAUGGAUAAAUUCCAAAUGAAGCAUCUAUUUAUUCAGAAAAAGAAAAGUGGAGCUACAUCUUUACAAACAAGCAAUGAACUGAAGCUUUUUUUUCAUCUUUUAUUGGAAGCAGAAACACAGUGGGACAUCAGCCCCAAUCAACCCCCAAUAAGAACAACCAGAAUAUUAAAAAAAAAAAAUUAGAAACAUCUCGUGUAUAAAAAAAUUCCCAUGCGAGUACUUUGUACCACUACACAUCAUCAGUAAUAUUUAUAUAUUCACAACCAUUUGAAAAAUAGAAAACAAGAAGGAAAUAUUACAAAAUAAAGGAGACAACGAUUGGCAAUUAACAUCAAAUAAUUAAUGCGUGCUGGCACAGUAAUAUUUUUUUCCUUUUUGUUUUAUUGUUCCUAUCAUGCACCAUUUCUGGAAGUACAGGAACCGGCAUGGCGGCGCAGGUGCCCUUCUUGUGUGGCCGCCGCCCCUCUGGACAGAACAGGACAGAUCAUGCAUGUCUGUCGACUUUGUGUCUGUGCUUUUUGUUGUGCUUUUACAUUUAUCCUCCAUUAACAUCUGUGUCUCAUGCCAGCCCGAUUACACCAGAGCCUCCUCCACUAAAGUAUCAUUGUCAACAGCAAUAAAUAAAGAUUUAUUUUCGUGGCAUUUCCUGCUAUGUGGCGGUUGUUUACCUGUUAUGUAAAGUUUUUAAAAGAAUGUGCAGAUGUUCCCUUCCAGGAAAAGUCCUUGUACACACCAACACUCUUUAGAUUCAGUUCCUCACUUCUUCCUUUUUGCAGCAGUUUAACAAGCUCAUUAUCAGAUUUGUACAUAUUGUUUCAUCAUCUUAUCCUGUGUGUACGCAGUCUUAAUAUAACUCUUAAUAACAGCUACAUUUCCCGAAUGGGCACCUUCUCUCACGCAAGCACGCACGCACACAGACACACACAGACAUCAUUUCCCAACUGCCCAUUCACCCAGAGUAAAAUUCAAGUCUACAAAAGAGCAGCAAACUUCACUUCACAUAGUCUGAGUCCUGUGUCUGUUACUCUGUUAAACACCGACAUCGAUCUUUCUCUGUUCCAGAUUAUUCUAAUCUGCGCUGAGACGCUGUACAAACAAGUGGCAGCUCUGAUCAGCUCGACUAUACCCGCUAUAUCCGGCCUGUUACAAUAUAGACAGCGUUUACAACAUAUCAGACAAACGCUUGUGCUGAUAUAAUCAGAAUAAUAAUCCACAAUGUAAACAUUAUAAGACUUUUUCAUAAAUGACUCAUCUACAUAGAUUUGUAUAUUAGAUUUAAAUGCAUAGAGUUCAGUUAUUACACCUUGUUCAAAAAAGAAGGGCGUCUUUUAAAUUAUUAAUUUAUCGUCAAGCGCUCUGUUUGGGAGAGGCACUCGUCAGGGGCGAUGUAACAAAGAGGCAGGAAGAGAACAACGAAACAUACAACCUGUCGUUUUUACACGUUGACCCUGAUCAUCAUUUCCUCAUUCGGAUGCUGUUUUUAAAAUCACUACAAGCAUAUAAACCUUAAACAGGCAAAUCAUUUUUUUUUUUUUUUUAAUGGGGCAUUCACUGAAAAUAGAAGUGACAUGCUGGACAGUCAAUGGCCAUUUCACUACAAUUAUUUCCACAUGACGAUGAUGUAAUUUUAUAAACAAUCACUGAUGGACAAGCUCAGUAUAAACGUGUUGUAAUUGGUGCAGCGACGACCUUGUGCUUCUGAAAUCUCCAUGCUUCUCUCUCUCCACUGAUUAGAGCAACAGAUUGAACCGUAGGCCCUCUUUUUAAGUGUAGGGACCAGACCCUGGUGUGGUCUGGAUCUACAGCCCUUUAGCAGAGGUCUGACUUCUAUAUCAGGGAAUAGGGUUGCAGCACCUGUGGCAGUAUCUUUAGGGAAUGAUGGGUAGUAGGAUCAUUAACGAUUGUGCUCUCCCUGGGGGGCAGGCGGUGUCAUUUUCUAACCCACGGGAGGUUGCUUCUGAAAAAUAAGGUCUCAGGGAACUUGUUUUUAUCAUCUCUUACGCGCUGAUUUUGAUUUGGUAGAGUUUCUCACCUCUCACACACCCAGUUUAGAGCCGUCUCGUUGUGGAAUGUUUACAGUAACACAAAGAAGAUGGAAUAACCAUCAGAAUAUAAAGGUUUUAUAAUCCCUAAAGUCCAAUAAUCUCGUCAUAAUCAAGCAAGAGUAUGAAGAAAACACUCCUCUGUGUGAUGCUCUUUGUUUGUGAUGGCUUUGUGAUUACAUCUGCAGGUAACAGGCAACACGAGCGGCUACAUGAGGUCGACAUUAGAAUUUACUACAAAUGCAGAUCACACGCACACGCACACGCAC